ACCAGAACUAGAAGAAGAAGAACAAGGUUAUGAUAUGUCAAGUCAAAACAAAUCCCCAAAAUUUGAAAAAAAAAGUUUUACCUCAUAAAUAUGCUUCCAGAUAAGAGAUCGCCCUAAAGGGCUGCUACUACAUGUCAGGAGGCAUUGAAAGUAAUGCAUGGCAGUAUCAUAAAUUAUCACCAAAUUAAAAAAUGGUUACCCUUCACUGGUCAUUUGGAACAAUUCCUCAAACUUUAUAUUAUUCAAUUAAAUCAUUUCUUCAAAAAUGUUGUUUGGCCUUCCGUUCUCUCACGUACAACAAUUUCAUGGAUCAAAGUUAUGCAGCAGAUGUUUGUAUGGAACCUUUGUUUUGGUUUGUUGAUAACUUCACAUACGCAAUAGGACCUUUAUUUGUGAUUGCUGUGGUAGGACUGACAGCAUCUGUAGUGCUCAUAGCUUACUGGAUAGGCAUACCAUAUUGGUGGAACAGAAAUAGUUCUGUCUGUGUAGUUCUAAUCAUAAUUGGGCAUUGGUUGUUGAUGAAUAUAAGUUUCCAUUACUAUAUGGCUGUUGUUACACCACCCGGAUAUCCUCCACAGGGCGAAUUAAUCACUGAAGCAGUUAGUAUAUGUAAAAAAUAACACAUUUCAGCUUGGCUAAAUAACUGUGUCGGAUUCCGAAAUCAUAGAUAUUUUUUUCUUUAUAUGGUGUACAUGGUUGCAGGUGUAUUUUUUGUAAUAAUAUGUGGAUUUGACUUAGCUUACACAGCCAUCAUGCUCACCCCUCUGGAUGUAGAUGAACCAGAACUUGAAGGACAUUCCGUCAAAAUUAAUAAAACUGGAGCAUUUAUACCAGUGACUGAUGUACAAUAUCUAGAUAGUUCGUUAUUAGAAGAUGAACCAGUUCAAGAAUAUAUAAGUCCUUGGAGGCGAAGAGCAAUUGUUUAUAUGGCACUCAUCAAUAGUGGUGUUUUUGUGGCUUUGGGUCUUCUAUCUUUAUGGCAUAGUCAGUUGAUUGGAAGAGGUGAAACAAGCAUUGAGGCAAAUAUAAAUAAAGCAGAAACCUCGCGUUUACAAGAAAUGGGCCGAAUAUACGUCAAUCCUUACAAUUUUGGUAGUAAAAAGAAUUGGAAAAUAUUCUUGGGAUUGGUACAAGGCAGGUCCAUUGCAAAACAUGUGAUGAUACCUUCAGCCCAUGAGCCUAUCGGCGAUGGACUUACCUGGCACACUGUUCAUGAUGAAACUCUUGAUGAGUGGCCUUAACUGUUCUAGUCAUUUUUUUCAAUUCAUCUAUUUAGUAUAUACGAUUGUGGGCAAAAGAAACUGAGCAUUCCAUUUCCAGACUUGUUAUUACUGCCUUAUGAACUAAGAUAAUAUGUAAUGUA